UAUCAAUCUGCUUUGUUUACAUCCGUGAAAUUUCGAACAAAACUGCACCAUCAUUUCCAGACUUCCAGACGUCUAGACCAUUGACCGGAUGAUCUAAAAAACCAAUUUGAAUUGGAUAAAGGACAGGAAAAUCCCAGAAAUACGUAAAAAAUGUCGGCCCUGGACGAGGUCGUCCGCCUCCUGGGGGAGUUGUCACUGGCGGACGACCCCAAGAAGUACCUCUCGGACCUUAGGACCCUGAUGGCGUCGCUGGACCCCAACCAGCAGCUGAAGCUCCUCAGGGGCGCCGAGCUCAACAUCCUCUUCGACAGCUUGAACAGCUCCGAUGGGGAACAGGUGGAGUUAUGCGUUGACGUCCUAAACUACCUUUUACCGCUCAUCAGCUCUCAAGAAGCAGUGGAACGAUUUGGAGACCAGCUGCUUCGAGGUUUAGCGCAUCCAAACGAAAAUGUUCGGCACUUGGCCAUCAAACAGGUCCUGCAGUGUGCUGAAAGUGAGAAUGGAAUGGUCACCCUCAUAACGCAGCAUUCUCUGUUGUUGGCCGUUAUCAAUUCACUGGGCGAUUCCUCUCAGAGCAUUGUGAAGCUCGCCGUAAACACACUUGUAGCUCUAUGCGGUCAGCAGACAGGGUUAAAUGCAGUUUUUUCGAACGAAUGCAUCACCAACUUGCAAAACAUAAUGACAAAGUCUGAUUCGGCAAGAUUUAAUGUUUAUGAGUGCAUAGUCAAGAUCAGCCUGCUUGGAGACAUGGCGCUGGGAAUGGUCUCCAAUUCUGGGUUGCUGGACAGGCUGACAGCCGAAGUGACCACUGGCGACGUUCUGACCCAGCUGAAUGCCCUCGAGCUCCUGAUUCCUCUUGCUCAGAGUCCGUCGGGAAUGAAACACUUACUAGAGGGCGGUGUCAUCUCUAAGCUCCAGUAUCUGCUGUCGCUGGCUGAGGCGGAUCCCAUGGCUGCCAUGCUAAUGCCUGGUCUGGUUAAAUUCUUCGGCAACAUGGGUCAGUGUAGGCCGCAGCAGAUGGUAGACGAAUUUAGUUCUGUGAUGCUGAUGAUUCUUCGUCUUGCCUCGGGCACCAUGGACUUGGGGGAUCCUAUACUGCAGAUCGUUGCAAUUGAGACAGUUGCUCACAUAGGUGCGACAGCAGAGGGCAAGUCAGCUCUCGGGAAAUUCAAAACAGAAAUGGACGAAGUUUUAGACAUGCUGGGAACCAAGAUCCGAAUGGCCCCCUCAGACCAGCGAGUCCGCGUUCUAGACGCACUUUCACAGCUCUUCUUCUUGAAUUUGGAGGACCAUACUGAGGAACUCUUACAACUUUUGGAACUCUGGUGGGCAGGUGUCGGAGGAGUCAGCCUGGAGAAGGUCAUUGCCGUGGCCCGUCAGCCUUUUAUGGAUCUUCACUGCACCGCUCUUGAGCUCCUGAAUUCUUUAGCAAGCAUGCCAUGGGGACAGAGACUAAUUUUCACAGAACCAGGCCUUAUUGAGUACAUACUAGACAGAAGUACAGAAAGUGUGAAGGAAGGAAUGGAAGCCAAAUGGAACAUUGUAGGAACAUUAGUCAAGUCGCACACCAGUGCGUUCCCUUACCCAGAGGGCUACGUCGGCAAACUCACAAAGUACUACAACGAAGGCCCGUUUUUCGUCGAGGCGUGUAUGGAAGUUGCGGUGGAGGGCGAACAGUAGCGAUAUUGAUCAAAGUGAUAUGAGAAAAACAUUAUUAGGCUUUGAUAGACAAACUUGAGGAUUUAUUUGUAACAAUUUCAGGAUGAUUAUCCUUUGUACACUAAACUUGUAUAUGCAUUUUUCAGUCUUGUUACACUUUUCAGAAUGGUAAGAUACGUAGGUAUAUUAGUAUCCCAUGUAAAUGUUGGAGGACUAUUUUUGUAAAAUGUACAGGAAAAGUAGACGAGAUUGUAGUGUUCUUUUGAUCGUUUUCAGUUAUACAGAGAGGACUGUAUUUCAGAGAUUUACUAUUUCUUUUUUUUGUUUUGUUUAUAAGAAAGCACUGUGCUCAUUCAACUGUGGACUCAGCAUCUGUGGAAAACACUAGGGUUCCUGUUUACGUCAUUUGCUAAAAAUGAGCUUCAUGCUAAUUAGGCAAUACCGAAUAUAAUCCGGUUUUAAUUUUCAAUAACAGAAUUAAAAUUCCAAAGUUAUUGUAUAAAAAGCUACAGAACUUCCUACAUAUUAGUUCAAGAAUUCUACAGUAGGCCUAGGCCAUAUGUUUUGGUUAAUUUCAGGCUAGUUCAUGAGGCUCAGGAAUUUCCAUGUUUUCCCUGUGAUAUAUGAAUAAAUAAUUCACUGAUUU